UCAAUCUUCAUCGUCAAUAACGCAAACCAGCCUAACCAAGAAGAAGAAACCCAAUGGCCAUCGGAGGAGGAGAAGAAGACUGGAGGAAGAACGCCGACACGCACAAGAUGAGUCCGGAGAACGUGAAAGCGGCAGGGGUCGAGUCCUCGAAACGGCCACCUGGUCACAACCCAGGCGGCGUCCUCCACCAGCGACGCAAGCUUCCGUACAGCUACACCACCAUGGGCAUCGCCGGUCUUCUCAUCUCCGGCGCCGUCAUGUACGCCGCCAUCUACGUCAGGAAGAAACCCGAAGCCACCGCCGUGGAUGUCGCCAAGGCCACCACCGGUCUCGGACGGCCCGAGGACACCCACCCCAGGAAGUAAACAAGAUCUCAUCUGCUGAUGUCACCGUCAGACAAAUAUAUUUCUUUUUCUUUUUUGUUUUUAUUUUUCUUACAAAAGGAUGAAUGUAAAUCUGGAAUAUUAUGGAUGUUGAAGGGAAUCUGAACUGGAAAACA